CCAGAAAAACAAACAGGAAGAAGAAGUAGGCUUCGCAGGUCGAAGCGCUUUCUCACUCCAGCUGUUAGCAGCUGCUGAGGCGGAUUAUCAAAACUAAGUUUUGGUCAUUCAAAUGACAAAAUGUGCUAUGGUAAAAUAAGGAAAUGAUAUAAUUUUACGGGAAUUUUAGUUUUUUAAAGGAGCAGGAGACAGGAAGAAUGGCUUUCCUCGCGCUCCUUCUUUAUGGACUCUGCGUGAACGCGCAUCUCGUCUUUGGAGGUGAUGUAAACCUAAAUCUUGACUGUAACCAUGACAUAGAAAGCAUGUUUUGCCAAUUUGAGGUGAAAAACUGUUCUGAGUACAAAUUAACCAUCCAGGAUGAAUUUGAUGAAAAAUACUCCUGCCCUCUUCAGCAGUGCAACAAUAAGUGCUGCUGCUCUAAGAAAUUAAUUUUGACUUUUAAUGAAAUUUAUACUGUGAAGGUCUGCAGAGGAAACAAAGAGGUGGAGGUGAAAAUUGUGAACACCACAGAGAGCUUUAAAGCUAACACUCCAACAAUUGUCUCAGUGAAAGAAUCCAAUGGAAACGUGGAGGUCAGGUGGAAAACAAACAUGAAAGAAUGGUUAAAUCCUCGGAUUACUGCUGAAGUGACUUUUUAUAAGCAAGGAGACAAGACGAAGCAGGUAUCUCCACUUGUCAAACCAGCUAAGGAUGGGGACCUGCAGUACCAUGUAAUAAAUGGUAAAGACCUGGAUUCAGAUACAGUAUACAUGAUCAGCAUGAGAAGCUUCACAGAAUGGAAUAAGAUGUACAGUGACAGCAGCAAGGUGUGGACAUAUAAAACCUCUCCCAACUCCAACUCUAAGGUCUGGAUUCUCAUCCUUAGUCUCAGUGUUUUUGCAGUCCUCCUGAGCGCGUUCCUGUUCUGGUCUYUUGUAAAGUUGAAGAGAAAGUGGUGGGACRUAUAUUUAGAACCAAAGAUGACCAUAUCACAUAUAACAAACCCAAGGGUGAUAACCAUGAUUCCACCGAUUGAAAUAUCUGUCUGURUUACAGAGGAAGAAAUGUCAAAGAAGCUACUUUUUCCUGAAAUUCUAGUAGCUAAUCAAGAGUCCGGCUGCUCGCAGGAACUGAAAAAUAAAAACAAUUCUSGAUCAAGCGACAUUUUCAAUMAGACCUAUUCUCUGCUUUUACCAAACUGUUCUGGUCAGAGGAAGACGGAUAGUUUGGAAGUGCAAUCGCAGACUGAAAGGUUUUCUGGCUGUGUGUGCUCUCCUAACACGAGCGACAUGGUGAACAAUCCUGACCGACAGGCUCAUCUSCUUCCUGCACAACAAGAUGCUUCAUCUCUCGUGCCAACAGAAAUGCCACAUCAGYGGUGUGACRCAUGUCCUCACAGAGCUUCACACGRUACCUUCGGUCACACCAACACAACCACCUCUGGYGAGCUGAAGACUGGCCCUAAAGGGUUUGAGAUGUGCUGCGAKAAAGCUUUCAAACAUGAAAACCCCUUCUACGGCUGUUUKCCCAAUAAUUCCCCCAGUUUUCUUCCCGAGAGAACUGAUUUCCAGCCAGUUCCAARUAAAGUGGAGCAGCCUGAUGCUCUGCUUUUACAAAAGAUAAAUGCUAGUUUCGAGCAUCUUUUAAAGAAGUAUCCAGAAGAAACGUUCAACAAGAUCCCCCAGCCCAACUUCAGCCCCUUCACUCCAGGUUUCAUUAAUAAUACCCAGAAUGCACAGUGUCAGCCUGGGCUUCUGCUGCCUUUUCUCCCAAUGAUGUCUGCUGGCAAGACUAUAGAAGUAAUCAGCGACUAUCACGGUAUUUAGUUUGUUUGGUUUCUGGAUUUACUGCGAAAUCAGGAAACUGCGGUCCAAUUUUUGCAUUUUUGUAGCCUGUUCAUAUUUUAGGAACAGAGGAUUUUAGUCUGUAUGUGCGCAUUAUAUAUUAGAUUCAAGGUAAAACUUUGAGAAAAUGUGCAUGAAACUUGCAUUGACAUCUCAGUUGUAAGACAUUUGCACUAAAGAAUGUUGUGGACUGA